GGGACUAGAGGGGACGCGAAGGGAGGGCGGGCCGCCAUCACGUGACCCGACCAGCUGUUGGCGGGGGCGGUGGGGACCCAGAGCUUGCGAGUCUGGGAAGCGGGACGCGCCCGACGCCGCCUUCGCAGCUGCAGCCGCAGACCCCGAUGUCGCCGCAGUAGCCCGCCCGCGCCCGCACCUCGGUUGCCGCUGCCUCUGCACCUCAGGGCGGAUCCCAAAGCCCGCCGCCCGCAGGAUGGCGGUGGCUCCUCCAAGUUACUGUUUUGUGGCUUUCCCACCACGUGCAAAGGAUGGUCUGGUCGUGUUUGGGAAAAAUUCUGCCCGGCCCAGAGAUGAAGUUCAGGAGGUUGUGUAUUUCUCAGCUGCGGAUCAUGAACCUGAGAGCAAAGUGGAGUGCACUUACAUUUCAAUCGACCAAGUUCCAAGGACCCAUGCCAUAGUGAUAAGCAGACCUGCCUGGCUGUGGGGGGCGGAAAUGGGAGCGAAUGAACACGGAGUGUGCAUAGCCAACGAGGCCAUCAAUGCCCGAGAACCGGCCGCUGAGACGGAAGCCUUCCUGGGGAUGGAUCUGGUCAGGCUUGGUUUAGAAAGAGGGGCAACAGCUAAGGAAGCCUUAGAUGUCAUUGUCUCCUUGUUGGAAGAACACGGACAAGGUGGGAAUUACUAUGAAGAUGCCAGCUCCUGCCAUAGCUUCCAAAGUGCAUACCUGAUUGUGGAUCGUGAGGAAGCCUGGGUGCUUGAGACCGUAGGGAAGUACUGGGCUGCUGAGAAAGUCACGGAGGGAGUGAAGUGCAUUUGCAACCAACUUUCACUGACCACUAAAAUGGACGCGGAGCAUCCUGAACUCAGAACUUAUGCUCAGAGUCAAGGCUGGUGGACAGGAGAGGACGAGUUCAACUUUUCCCAGGUGUUUUCUCCAGCUGAUGACCACCUGGACUGCUGUGCAGGCAGAGAGAGCUUAGAAAAGCAAGAAGAAAGCAUCACUGUGCAGACCAUGAUUAACAUCUUACGGGACAAAGCCAGCGGAGUCUGCAUAGACUCUGAAUCUUUCCUCACCACAGCCAGUAUAGUGUCUGUCCUGCCUCAGAAUAGAAGCUCUCCGUGUAUUCACUACUUCACUGGGACGCCAGAUCCUUCCAGGUCCAUAUUCAAGCCUUUCAUCUUUGUUGAUGAUGUAAAACUUGUUCCCAAAGCACAGUCCCCCUGUUUCGGGGAUGAGGACCCUGCCAAAAAAGAGCCUCGUUUCCAGGAGAAACCAGACCGCCGGCAUGAGCUGUACAAGGCCCAUGAGUGGGCACGUGCUGUCAUCGAUCGUGACCAGGAGCAAGGCCGCACACUGAGGAAGACCAUGUUGGAGCUGGAGAAGCAAGGCCUGGAAGCCAUGGAGGAAAUCCUGAGUAGCCCUGAGCCCCCGGACCCCGCCGAGGUGGGGGACCUUUUCUAUGACUGCGUCGACACAGAGAUUAAAUUCUUUAAGUGAAGUGACACACAUUCCUGGGUGGCCCAGCAAGGAAGCCAGGUGGGACCAGUGUGUUGGUCAUGACAACUCUUGCAUUCUUGCCUGGAGAGCCAUGCAUCCUUUAUUGGAAAGAUUUUCAUCUGAGCUCUCAGCUUCAGGAAGGAAACAGAAGGGAGGGGACCUCGUUCACUGGCCACCUGCUUGUGCAUAGGCCUGGCAGGUGAGAGGCCCAGCUGUCCCAGCACAACCAUAUGCUUCCUGUAGCUGUGGCAUUUCAUCCUACUCAAUCCAGAAUCCUUGCUCCCCUCCUCUGGUGUGUGUCAAAAUGUGCUUUGUCUGAUUGAUGCCAAAUACCCCAAAAUGUCAUCUGCAGAUUUCUUGUGGGAACCAAUAUGUCCAUGUUUGCAAUCAUGUUGUGAGAAUUCAAAUGUGUUAGCUGGAAAACGCUACUGCCGGGGAAAAUAAAAUCUGUUUCCUGCAGUCAGAACUGACCAUGUAGUCUUAACAGUCUUUUGUACAAACACAUCUACAAGUCAGAUAACGCCCCUAUGCAGCGCUUGCCUUGGGAUUGUCUCUAAAUGCAUCAAGCAUACAAUA